AUGAUUUUGUCUAGGACAGUUUUCAGGCCGAAGGCCAUAUUCCCGCAAUGGCUGGGAACUAGAUGUCGCCAGACGCUCUAUAACACGCAGGCUAGGUGCCUAAGCGAUCGCAGCGAAGCGGCUUACAGCAGAAGAAUAUACUGUAAUGCAGGGAAUCUUGAAUUCGGGCCACCGACGUUCACCUUCUUCACGGACAAUGCGUGUCUAACUAUGAAACUGCGCAACGACGAAAAUUUGGGCUACAAAGUUAUGCUGCUGACUGGGAUGACGCGCGAGGGCGGUGAAAGCAAGGUGUUUGACAAAAGGUCACGAGUAUCUUCCGUUUUGCCAAUGGAGGAGGUAUCCAAGCUCCUCGAGGCUCUAUCGCACGUGUCCGACGCACCCAUCACGUUGCACGGUGUAGACGGCGGGAACCUUGUAGUGACUCGCUCCAGUGAUUCCGUGUCACUGAAGCUCUGCCCAAGCCUCAUACCAGGACUCAAUACGACGCCUGUUUCUGCGUCCGCAGGGGGAUCGAGCAAGGUACAUAUAAACUUCAUGGGUGGAAGUAACGAGAAUGCGUUGCUGCUGCACGCCCUGAAGGAGCUUAUGCAAUACUGA